UGGCGUGCGGAUAGUGCGUCUGGGCUCACGCGACCAGAUCGGCGACUUCCGGAACCUGUGCGGUCACGUGAGAUUGUUCGGUGCUUGCCGGUGUGACGUGACAUCUCGGGGCCCCUCCCAUGUUGGCUGUGUGACGUCAUGACACCGGUGAUGUCAUGAGGCAGAAGAAAAGGAGGAGUUUUGAUUGACAGUUUGCCGACACGAGGUUCCCAGGUUAUGACGACCCUCAGCAAAGGCAACAGCAAAGCCCUGAAGGUGAAGCGGGAGCCGGGAGAGAAUGGCACGAGCCUUACGGACGAGGAACUGGUCACCAUGUCCGUACGGGAGCUGAACCAGCAUCUCAGAGGCCUCUCCAAGGAGGAGAUCAUCCAGCUGAAGCAGCGCAGGCGCACCCUCAAGAACCGGGGCUACGCGGCCAGCUGCCGGGUGAAACGCGUCACCCAGAAGGAGGAGCUGGAGAAGCAGAAGGCCGAGCUCCAGCAGGAGGUGGAGAAGCUGGCGUCUGAGAACGCCAGCAUGCGCCUCGAACUCGACUCCCUGCGCUCCAAAUACGAGGCGCUCCAAAACUUUGCCCGCUCUGUGGCGCGCAGUCCCGUCAACUCUCCGAGGGGGGGGCCUUUUACUCCCGGCAUCAGGCCUCUCGUCCCAGCCAAGGUGGCCGCCACCAGUGUAAUCACCAUAGUCAAAUCCAAGACAGACGCUCGGUCAUAGACGGUGCGAUGGACGGGGGGGGGUCGGCAUGGUUUGGUCCACCGCCUCCCAAGCACAUAACAUUACAUAGGCCAGAUAGAGGGCUCCUCAUCUCCGGCUCAUGAACCGGUGGAGACUCGGCCCAGUUGGGUCACCACAAAGGACCGGUGACGUACGGUGAGGGGUCUCUGCCUGGCCGCGCUUUCAUGCGACCGCUCAUUGUGAAGGCAGCGCC